GAACUUAAGUGGUAUAACCCCAUACAAAGAUUCUCAAGUCUCAACCCUCUUCAACCCUUCCUUCUUCUCCCACUUCCACUUGCAGGGUACAAACCCAAGAGGCAAUUAACCAAGCAAGCAACCAACCAAACCCUAAUGGCACCAUCUCCCAUUCUUUUCUUCUUCUUCUUCUUAGCAAAAGUAUCAGCUGGGGGAGGCCAAUGGAGCCUCCUGAAGCGAAGCAUUGGUAUAUCAGCAAUGCACAUGCAGCUUCUCAACAACGAUCGAGUUAUCAUCUACGACCGCACCGACUUCGGCGCUUCCAAACUCGCCUUGCCGGAAGGCAAAUGCCGGAAUGAUAACCAUGACUUGUUCCUCAAACAUGACUGCACUGCUCACUCCGCCGAGUUUGACGUCCACACCAACUCUAUAAGGCCACUUAUGAUCCAAACCAAUAUCUGGUGCUCUUCCGGUGCCGUCUCUCCAGACGGCCGACUCAUCCAAGCCGGUGGUUACAAUGACGGCGAACGCGCCGUCAGGAUUUUCCGGCCAUGCAGUGGUUGUGACUGGGAAGAGAAUUCAUUUGGACUCAUUGUACCACGUUGGUAUGCUACUAGUCAAAUAUUACCGGACGGUCGGGUCAUCAUUGUCGGUGGCAGGCAACAAUUCAAUUAUGAGUUCUACCCGAAAUCCGGAUCCACUAAUCGGGUAUUCUCCUUACCAUUUCUUAAACAAACUACCGACCCGGAAGAGAACAAUCUUUUCCCUUUUGUUCACCUUAAUGUGGAUGGCAACUUAUUCAUAUUUGCCAACCAUCAAGCAAUCUUGCUUGAUUACAACAAGAAUGUUGUAGUGAAAACUUUUCCGGCGAUUCCGGAUGGCCAACCUCGAUGCUACCCAAGUACCGGAUCCUCAGUUUUACUCCCAUUGAAGGGUAUCCAUAAACCGUCCGUGGAAGCUGAGGUUCUUGUCUGCGGUGGAGCUCCAAGAGGGUCAUUCCGUGAAUCCAAUAGAGGGAAUUUCAUCGGAGGCUUAACAUCAUGUGGUAGGAUCCGAAUAAAUGACCCGAGCCCAAAUUGGUCCAUGGAAACAAUGCCCAUGGCAAGACUGAUGGGAGACAUGAUUUUACUCCCUAACGGCCAUGUCUUGCUCAUAAAUGGUGCUGCAAGGGGGACAGCCGGGUGGGAGUUGGCUAGAGACCCAGUUUUCAAACCGGUUGUUUACCAACCCGAUAACCCAUCUGGUUCUCGUUUUGAAGUACAAAACCCAUCUUCCAUUCCACGUCUCUACCAUUCCUCUGCUAUCUUACUACGUGAUGGUAGAGUUCUAGUGGGAGGAAACAAUCCUCAUGCGUUUUACAACUUUACCGGAGUUCUAUACCCGACGGAUCUAAGUUUGGAGGCAUUCUCACCGGGUUAUAUGGGUUCGGAGUAUUCGAAAUUCCGGCCAAAGAUUAUAGCCCCGGCGACACAAACGAAGCUAAGAUAUGGACAACAAUUGGUAGUACGGUUUUCGGUGCCCAGUACGGUGAGCGAGAAGGGGGUAAGAGUGACAAUGGUGUUACCAACUUUCACGACACACUCGUUCUCCAUGAAUCAAAGGGUGUUGGAAUUGGGUGGAAGACAUGUGACAGUGGUGACGAAUUCGGCAUAUGAUGUGGCUGUGACAACUCCAACUUCGGCUGUUAUGGCCCCUGCUGGAUAUUAUCUUUUAUUUGUGGUUCACAAAGAUAUACCUAGUGAAGGGAUUUGGGUUCACAUACAGUGAUGUCCUUUAAUUUUUUUUGAUUUAAGGUUUAUAAAAAUAGUUUACAUAUAGUGACGUAAUUUAAUUUCUUUACAUUUAUUAUUAUUUUCCAAUGGCAAAAGCCAAGCCAUGAUAAUUGUAAAAAUAUUAAGAUUGGAUUGAUGAAAUUUGUAUUUAUCAAUUUUCAAUGUGAAAUCCUUUUUUAAUUUGAUUAA